AUGCAGUUCGGAUUGCUAUACGAGACUCAGCGCCCAUUUCAGGGCACUGAUAUUAACUGGAACAAACUAUAUAAGGAAACCUUGGAACAAUGCGAACUUGCCGAUCAAGUGGGAUUCGACGCGCUUUGGUUCGUGGAGCAUCACUUCCUGACCGGCUUCUCCGGCUCCCCAUGCCCGGAAGUUCUGUUUGGUGCGCUCAGCCAGAUUACCAAGCAGAUUCGCAUCGGCUUUGGCGUAUCGAUCUUGCCGCAUGCGCACCCCGUACGAAUCGCAGAGCGAGUCGCGAUGGUUGACCAGUUGACCGACGGGCGAGUCGAGUUCGGCACCGGGCGCUCAAACGCCUACGAGCAGCUCGGUCUUGGCGUUGACCCGCGCGACACCCGUGAUAUGUGGAGCGAGUCCAUCUCCAUGCUGCCUAAGAUAUGGCAGUCGGACGAGUUCGAAUAUGAGGGCAAGUUUUGGAAUGUUCCUUCACGCCGUGUACUGCCCAAGACAUUCCAGAAGCCGCACCCACGAAUGUACCUAGCCUGCACCUCGGAGGACAGUUUCCGCCUGGCUGCGGAAAAGGGCAUUGGUGUGCUGUCGUCGGCGUCCUACGCCGUCAACGUGCUGAAGGACAAGCUGAAGAUUUACCGCGAGUCGAUCGGGAAUACCGAGCCUGCGGGCGCGUUCAUCACCAACUUCUGGGGCAAUAAUGUCCACGGCUUCUGCGACGAUGACGACCAGUAUGCCAAAGAGCUUGCCGCCGAGUCCAUGAAGACCUUCUUCGGGCCGGACAAGCCUUACAUACAGGGGCGCAUCGGUGCUUAUGAGCAGCUUCUGGAAGACUGGGGCGGUGUGCCCGAUCACUUGCAGGCGGACUUCGGGCGCUGGCUCCGACAGUCGGACGAGGCACAUCAGCAGCAGGCUGCCGAGUGGGCAUCAUCGCUCGACUCAGGUCCCGGAGCCGCGAGAGCGGCCAUCGCUCAACUGGACGCCAAUGUUCUUGCCGACCGCGGAGUCAUCAUCGCGGGCAACCCGGAGAGUUGCUGCGCGCAAUAAAGAUGUACGAAGAGAUCGGCGUUGACCAGGUACUCAUCAUCAUGCAGACCGAGACGAUCCCUCAUGAUAAGGUGAUGAGUUCCAUCGAGAA